AUGCGCCUCUCCCGAAUUCAUGUUGCUGACAGCUGUUUUAGGGGCAUGGCUCCCAUUGCCCAUGUUCUUUUCGACAAGUUCAUGAAGUUCAACCCCAAGAACCCCGAGUGGCUCAACAGGGAUCGUUUCGUCCUCUCCAACGGUCACGGCUGCAUGCUUCAGUAUGCUGUCCUCCACCUCUUUGGCUAUGAUCUUAGCAUGGACGACAUCAAGAACUUCAGGAAAGUCGGCAGCAAGACUCCUGGUCACCCCGAGGCUCAGGACACCCCCGGCAUUGAGGUCACCACUGGCCCCCUUGGCCAGGGUAUCUGCAACGCCGUCGGUCUUGCCAUGGCCCAGGCCCACACUGCUGCUGUCUUCAACAAGCCCGGCUUCAACAUUGCUGACAACUACACAUACUGCUUCCUCGGCGACGGCUGCUUGAUGGAGGGUGUCUCGGGCGAGGCUUCCUCUCUUGCUGGUCACCUUCAGCUCGGCAACCUCAUUGCCGUCUGGGACGACAACCAUAUCUCUAUUGACGGUGACACCAACUGCGCCUUCACUGAGGAUGUUGUCAAGAGGUACGAGGCUUACGGCUGGCACGUCGUGACCGUCGAGGACGGCAACAAUGAUAUUGCUGGCAUGGCUGCCGCUAUCGAGAAGUGCAAGGCUGUCACCGACAAGCCCUCUCUCAUCCAGCUCAAGACCAUCAUUGGCUACGGUUCCAAGGAGGAGGGCACCCACGGUGUCCACGGUUCUCCCCUCAAGGCCGACGAUAUCAAGCAGCUCAAGGAGAAGUUCGGCUUCGAUCCCGAAAAGAGCUUCGUUGUGCCCCAGGAGGUCUAUGACUACUACGCCAGGCACGCCUCUGCCGGUGCCGCCGCUGAGGCUGAGUGGAACAAGAAGCUUGCCGAGUACGGCGAGAAGUUCCCUGCUGAGCACGCCGACCUCGUCCGCCGUCUCAAGGGCGAGCUUCCCGAGGGCUGGGAGAAGGCUCUCCCCACCUACUCGCCCUCUGACUCUGCUGUUGCGUCCCGAAAGCUCUCCGAGAUUGUGCUCUCCAAGGUCGAGUCUGUCCUUCCCGAGCUCGUUGGUGGAUCUGCCGAUCUUACCGGCUCCAACCUCACCAGGUGGAAGGGCGCUGUCGACUUCCAGAACCCUGCCACUGGCCUCGGCGACUACGCCGGUCGUUACAUCCGCUAUGGUGUCCGUGAGCACGCCAUGGGUGCCAUCAUGAACGGUCUUGCGGCCUACGGUACCAUCAUCCCCUAUGGCGGUACUUUCCUCAACUUCGUCUCCUACGCCGCCGGUGCCGUCCGUCUUUCUGCCCUCUCUCACGUCCGCCUCAUCUGGGUUGCCACCCACGACUCCAUUGGCCUUGGAGAGGACGGCCCCACCCAUCAGCCUAUCGAGACUCUUGCCCAUUUCCGUGCUCUCCCCAACUGCAUGGUCUGGCGCCCCGCUGACGGCAACGAGACUAGCGCUGCCUACAAGAUCGCUCUCACCCACAAGACCACGCCCAGCAUCAUCGCCCUCUCCCGCCAGAACCUUCCUCAGCUCCAGGGCUCCACUAUUGAGAACGCCUCCAAGGGUGGUUACGUCCUCCAGGAGGUUGAGGGUGCCCAGGUUACCCUCGUCUCUACCGGUUCCGAGGUCUCCAUCUGCGUCGAGGCCGCCAAGUACCUUGCCGAUAACCACAACGUCAAGGCCCGUAUCGUAUCUCUGCCCUGCUUCGAGGUCUUCGACAGCCAGCCCAAGGAGUACAAGCUCAGCGUCCUUCCCGACGGCAUCCCCUCUCUUUCCGUCGAGGUCAUGUCUACCAUGGGCUGGGAGAAGUACACCCACGAGCAGUUCGGUAUCAACAGGUUCGGUGCUUCCGGCCCCUACCUCGAUAAGUUCGAGUUCACCCCCGAGGGCAUUUCCAAGCGUGCCGUCGCCACCAUCGACUUCUGGAAGGGUGCUACCAUCCGGUCCCCCGUCAACAGGGCUUUUGAGCAGAUCAUCUAA